AUGUUUGUUGCGCUUUCAAUCCUUGCUUGUGCUGCAUUUAUUUAUUAUGUUUAUCGGAAACAAUUUUCUUAUUGGAGGACAAGAAAAGUUCCCCAUCCAACCCCAAUACCUCUGCUAGGAAAUUACAAAGAUUAUAUAUUUAUAAAAAAGACGCUCUACGAAACAGUGAGUGACAUGUGUAAGAAGUUUCCUAACGAGCCUUAUUUUGGAGCCGUAUUUGGAACUGAGCCAACACUAAUAGUUCAAGAUCCUGAAUACAUAAAACUGGUGUUAAUAAAAGAUUUUUCAUAUUUCAACAGUAGGGAGAUCGCAAGAUAUAUGGAUCAUGAAGUGGUAACAAAGGGAUUAUUUUUUGCACAUGGAGAUAAAUGGAAGAUUGUGAGGCAAAAUUUCGCGCCACUCUUUUCAAUUGCAAAGAUGAAGAGUAUGUUUUACUUAAUCGAAGAAUGCACUGAAGUUCUUAACAAUACCUUAGAUAAGGAAUUACAAUCAACCCAGACUGAAGUAACAAGAUUAAUGGCUGGAUUUACUAUGGACUGUAUAGGUUCGUGUGUGUUUGGAGUAAAAGCAGAGGUGGGAAAUGAAAACAAUAUAUUCCGUCAUAUUGGUGAAGCAAUAUUUCAAAACUCUUCUUUUAUGUCUUUCAAACUUAUUGUACGAUCAAUUUGGCCAGCAAUUUUCUACGGUUUAGGCCUGAAAGUAUUUCCAAAACAAAUAACAGAAUUAUUCAGCAGUUUACUAAAAACGAUAUUUAAACAGCGACAGUAUAAAGAUUCCGGUCGAAACGAUUUCGUUGAUCUUAUGUUGUCUCUCAAACAAAAUCAGUAUUUGUAUGGUGAGAGCAUUGCAGACAAAAAUGGUGAAACUAGAAAAAUUAAACAGAAAGUUGAUGAUGAACUGCUGUAUGGCCAAAGUUCAAUAUUCUUUGGUGGUGGAUAUGAAACUUCAUCGUCCACCUUAGCUCACACGCUUUUUGAACUAGCUAAGAACACAAAAGCACAAGAGAAAGUAAUCACAGAAGUUGAUAAUUACUUUAAGAAGAAUGAAAAACUUACUUAUGAAUGUGUUCAAGAAACACCUUACCUUUCCGCAUGUUUCAAUGAGACCAUGCGACUAUAUCCAGUCCUUGGUGUACUUACAAGAGAGGUAGUAGAUGAUUAUAAAUUUCCAUCUGGUUUAGUCUUGGAAAAAGGUGUUCGUGUCCACAUACCAGUUUUCAACAUCCACCGCAAACCGGAAUAUUUCACUGAUCCGGAAAGUUAUCGGCCUGAAAGAUUUUUAGGUGAAGAAAGGGAGAAAAUUAAACCAUGUACCUAUAUGCCUUAUGGGGAAGGACCCAGAUAUUGUAUUGGUAUGAGGUUCGGAAUUAUGCAGAUGACAGCUGGUUUGAUGACAGUUCUUAGGAAGUGCCGCCUGGAGCUGGCAGAGGGAAUGCCAGACAAGUUAGAGUUCGAACCUCGAGCGGUAGUUGUGUCACAAACAAAGGGUGGGGUCUAUCUUAAGUUGAUACCUCGAGAUACAACGUGACGCGUCCAAUAAUUUCGUUUCUACGACGUAAUUUGAAAUGAAACAAACAAAAUACCACAAGUUUUCGAGGACGGGAAAUGGGUAAAAUGGAAAUAUGGAUACUUCUUAUCUCGGGUCAUUGGCUUAUUUUUUACUUCAAGGAAUGGCAAAGGUUGAUACAUACAGCAAACGCGGGAAAUGUAAAAAUUACAAAAAAAUUUGGAGACAAUUUUCUAGCUGCGGUAAACAAUGAUUUUUUAGUCCUAUACCUUAUUGAGUCUUUAAAAAAUAUAUACUCUAAGCAUAGAUUUUUUUCAAAGAUGAAUUAAAUGGUAUUGGGAUGUACCGUACCUACGUUAAGGUAGUAGCCAGAGUUCGUGGCUGUUUAUAUUACUGAAAAAAUGUAGCAUAUUGUAAUGCUUUUGUGAGAUAUUAUAAUAUAUAAGUAAAUUAAUAGAUCUUGGUGCUAGAGAAAUAAUUUUUAAUUUAUAUAAUAACUGUGAAUAUGUGAAUUGAAAUAAAAUAAUUGUGAUUAUUAUUAAA